ACGAGUGCUUUAAUACUAUUACGUCUACUCGUCUCUUCUUUCAAACACAAACAUGGCCCUUCAAGCUGCCACCCAAAGAGCUCAAGUUCGCCGAACAGCACAGUUUCAUCCAACGGUCUGGGGCGACUACUUCCUCAAGCAUGUAUCUGAUAAUGAGAUGCAAAGUGUUUGGACUGAAGGAGCCAAGGUUCUGAAAGAAGAAGUUAGGAGGAUGCUUGUUACCUCUGUUACUGGUUAUAAACCUUCAGAAAAACUGUACCUGGUAGAUGCUAUACAACGACUUGGGAUCUCUUACCAUUUUAAACGAGAAAUAGAAGAAGCACUGAAACAAAUUUUUCAAGAUUUUGAAGAUGAAGAUGUAAACCUCGGUAUUGUCGCUCUUCGAUUCCGCCUUCUAAGACAACAAGGCUAUAAUGUUUCAUCUGACGUUUUCAACAAGUUCAAGGAUGGAGAAGGCAACUUCAAGGAAGAUUUAAUCAGUGAUGUGCAGGGCUUGUUGAGCUUGUAUGAAGCUUCCUAUCUCAGCGUUCAAGGAGAAGAUAUUCUAGAUGAAGCUCUUGAAUUCACCAAAACUCACCUAACAAAGGCAACCCAAUUUGGUUCACCUCUUGCUGACCAAGUUAGCUAUGCUUUAAGGUGGCCUACACGCAGAGGGUUACCAAAGAAAGAGUCAAGGGAUUACUUCUCUAUUUACCAGCAAGACGACGCACAUGUUAAACCUUUACUGAAGCUUGCAAAGUUGGAUUAUAAUAUAGUGCAAACAUUGCAUCAAAGAGACAUGAAAAUUAUCACAAAGUGGUGGAUGGAUUUGGACUUCACAACAAAACUACCUUUUGCUCGAGACAGAGUGAUCGAAUGCUCUUUUUGGGCAUUAGGAACAUUUCCUGAGCCAGAAUAUGUUUUUGCCAGACAAGUAUUGUCCAAAGCUGUAGCUAUGUUGUCUGUUAUGGAUGAUAUCUAUGAUGUGCAUGGUACAAUUGAAGAACUUGAGCUCUUCACCAAAGUAGUUGAGAGGUGGGAUAUUAGCAUGAAAGAUCAACUUCCUGAUUACAUGAAGGUGUAUUUUGAAGCAUUUUUAGAUUUCUAUGCUGAAAUAGAGGCAGUGACUACGAAGGAAGGAAGGUCAUUCUGCAUUCACUAUGCAAAGGAAGCGGUGAAGAAGCAAGUGAGAGCCUAUAUCACUGAGGCAAGAUGGUUCAACAGUGACUAUGUGCCCACACUAGAAGAAUAUAUUUCUAAUGGUGUGAUUAGCUCUACUUACCCUAUCUUGAUAACCUUAUCCUUCUGUGGUAUGGGCGAAGUGGCUUCAAAAGACACUUUUGAUUGGCUUUUCACUGUGCCUAAACUUCUAUAUGCUGCAUCAGGUCUUGCCAGGCUAAUAGAUGACAUCAGGUCCCAUGAGUUUGAGCAAGAAAGGGGACAUGUUGCCUCAGUUGUGGAAUGCUAUAUGAAGGAACAUGGUGUUUCACAGAAGCAGGCAUAUGAUGAGUUGAACAAAAUAAUAACAAAUUUGUGGAAGGAUCUCAACGAGCAGCUCCUUAAAGAAAAUGCACAUCUUCCAAAGCCUGUUCUGAUGUGUAUUCUGAAUAUUGUAAGGGUCAUGGAUGUUGUCUACAAGGAUAUAGAUGGUUAUACAAACUCCGACACUUCACUUAAGGAUAUCCUGGUUACAUUCCUAGUCAACCCAGUUGCUGUUUAAGCCUCAAGCUUCUUCAAUUGCUUCUUCUCUGCACUACAGGAAUAACUAUAUAUUUAUGUAGAACAAAUAAAUGAGUUUCUAUAUGGUCUCAGUAAAAUUUCCAUGGUUUUAUCGAGGAGCAUGUCCUGUCCCUUAUCUACGUGUAAUUUGGCUGCCUUUGAAAAACAAAAAAAAAAGGUGUGAAUUUCAGUUCAAAUAAAUGGGUGUUGCACUUCAAAGUUUGAUAUGUAGUAAAAAUAGUUUUGUUCCAUGGUUAA